AUGGCCACUGAAGCGGCGCUUGCUAGCUUUGACGUCCGCGCCGAUGUGGACUUCAUGACCCUGGACUAUCUGGCAUGUUUCGCGCUGGAUAUCAUCCUGGCCGCAGCCGGCACCGCCAACCCCAGCCCUGAGCUGGAGGAUGAAGUGAAGUGGACGGCGAGUCUCGUCGAAACCUUCCAAUCUCUACUGCGCCGAAACCAUCCAGAGCAGCCAAUCCCCCUGGAGCUGGAUGUCAAGCUGCGAGUCUUCGCCCUGGCCCAUGAUCUCUGGAACUACCCCGACCCGCAAACCACCGCCACUCCCGCCUCCGCCUCCGCCGCCACGAACAACUCCCCUGCCCUGGCGCGCAUCGGGAUCGACUUCCUGAGAAUGUGCCAGGUCGCCGCCCACCGAGUCUCAGAGACUCGGUGGUUCGACGUUGGCGGCCGGUUCAUGAUCCAAUCCGCGCUGCUGGGGGUCCGCCAGGGGGUCCCGGUUUCACUCCGCCAAUUCUCGACCUGGACCCCGGACACCCCUGAGCGCCGAUCAAAGUGGUGGGACGUCCGUGAGAGCUACGCGGCAGAGAUUCCAGACGACCUGGGUGACCGUGCGGCAUGGGUGACUCUGGACCAGCAGUACCCAUUUGCCCACUUCAAGGCCAUCGUGGUGGAGUUCCUCUUCGAGCUCAUGACGACCCUCGACGCCCCCAUUCUCCUCCAGCUGGAACGGGGCAAGCUGGAUGGCUGGACCCCAGAGGAGACCCAGCAGCUAAUGAAGGAGGCUGGAAUGAUAUGA